GCAACAACUACUUCAACAUCUAGACACAACACAAUAUCCCGCGUAUAUACUCAUUGCGCACCACGGAUUACUGAUGGCCUACUAUCAGCAACCGUUAUCACCCCAGGGAAGAUACAAGGAAGACCAACACGAGGAUCCUUACUAUGCUGAUCGCCCGCACCGCCAAAACCUUAGCGUCCCGCUCGCCUCGCCGUCGUUCACCACCCCGGGAUGCCCCCAGAGGACCACGAGGCUAUCACCAACAACACUCAGGCUACCGGUCGCGCUCCCGAUCCCGUGACAGAGCACGCAGCCGCGGGCGGGAGCCAAGAGGAGGAGGUUACUAUGAUCGCGAUGCUCCUCGUUCCAGAAGCGGGAGCAGGGAUCGAGAGUGGUACGGGGGACCAGCAAGCAGAGAUGUCAUAAUAGAGGGACUUGGGCCGGAGAUGGAUGACGAAUACAUUAUAAAUGAACUUAGACAUGAACUGCAUGUUGAGGGUAUUGAAAAAGUAGCUGUCAUUAGGGAGCGAAAAACUGGCAUAUCACGGCAGUUUGCUUUCAUACACUUCACCACAGUUCAACAGUCCAGGGCCUUUUUGGAGCAGUAUUAUCCUACUGUUAGUUUAGGUCCUUCAGCUGAUAGAUGUCGUAUUGCCUUUUCGAGAGAACGCGAUGAAAGCGAUCGGAGAAGCCGCAGGCGAGAUGACGAAGAAGAAUGGAAAUGCAGAGUUUGCCUUCUAGUAAAUUACCCGCGCCGUCAGGAGUGUUUCCGCUGUCAAACUCCAAAAUCAGAGUUAAGUGUCACCGGGACUUUGACUCACCCUACUCCUACACACUUCACCAACGAUGGGGAGCGUGAUAUGGCUGCAUCGCCACCCUCUCAAUUCCUCUUGUUCCGCAACCUUGAGUCUUCGGUGAAUGAAGAGCUCCUUGCCAAGGGAGCCCUCAAACUCACGAUUCCGAAUUCCGAAACUCCCGAAACGUCAAAAACUGGACCAAUCGGUGCAAAAGAAUCCUCCUUAAAACGUAUUUUACUUGUACGCGACAGAAAGACAAAUGAGUCUUGGCGGUACGGGUUCGCUGAAUUCUCGACAGCAUCCGAUGCCCAGGCCGCAUUGGCUGCCUACACCAAAGUGGAGAAGUUUACCAUUAGCAGCAAACCUGUUACUGUAUCUUACAUACAUCCUGGGGUCUUUGUACCAGUCUACAACGCGCCAAAAGGUGCGGACAAAUUCACGUUUACUGCGAUGAGUGCGCACGUCGGCAAUGGGCUGAGAUUAGCAUAUUGGGACGAUGAUGGAUUUGUCUCCGAGCACACAGUAUCAAAGCCGGAGGAAACCAGCGUUGGAUCAGAUGACGCAAUUAAGGAAAGGCAGAAAGGUAUAAAAGAAGGUAGCGAGGAAAAGGGGAAGGGGAAAAAGAAAAAGUUGGACAAGGAAGUGAUCGGAGCGGCUGUGCCCGUAACCAAGAAGUCCGUUCCCGCCCAUCUUCAAUUCUGGCAGAAUCGACACUCGGAACUUCACGGGAUCCCUACACAGGUCCAAGAAAACAAAGGCGACAAUGAGUCCACAUCCGGAAGCGAAAACAAUGGAUCCGGUUUAUCUACGAAGAAACGUAAGGCCGAGGACCAACCUGAUGAAACCCAGGCCCCCCAGUCCUUUGCGGACCUAAAAAAGCUCGCUUGUCUCCUCUGUAGCCGACAGUUCAAAACUGCGGAGAAGAUAUACGAGCAUGAAAGGGUCAGCAACCUUCACCUCCAAAACCUCAGGGAUCCUAAACUACGGGAAACUGCCAUGAGGAAAUUGACAAAAGCCGGAAUCGUGUCAACCCCCAACGACACAGCCGAGUACAGAGAUCGCGCGAAGGAACGCAGACAGGUAUUCGGAAAGUCCACCGCCCCACAGUCCUCAUCUAAGAAGAAAAAGAAGGAGGGGCCUGAGCUUGAGCCCGAGCCUGCGUUGCCUAGCAGGGGAGCUGCACUUCUAGGCAAGAUGGGUUGGACCUCUGGACAGGGGUUGGGAGCGAGCGGGGAUGGAAGGACGGAGCAUGUUAUUGCCGAAAUGUACACUCAGGGCGUUGGAUUGGGAAUGAAGGGGGCCAAGGUUGGAGAUGUUGAAGAGGUUGCAAAGGGUGGCGGGGGUGGAUAUAAUGACUUUGUCAAGCGGACCAAGGAAAAAGCGAAGGAAAGGUAUGAAGGGAUGCAAUAAGUGUAAAGGAUAGGUCCACCGUACCAGUACAUUUUACUCUCUGUCGUACUGUACUGUACCACGAUUCCCCUUUUUUCUCUGACUAGCUGGCUCUCUUUUUGCGCUUGUACUGUACCCAACAUUUCUUUUCUUCUUAUUCGCCCGUUUCUUACUUGACACUUUUCACCAUUUCCACACCUUUUCCAAACCCUGCGUAGUGUGGGCGUCUCUGUCGGUUAUUCUCCUGUACGAGUAAUAUCUGUAUUAAACUACCUGUAUUCAAUCCCA